CCCUUUUGUGCUAUUGUUAGACUUUGGCUGUAUACCUUUUGAAAUCGUGAGCACAAGAUAAAUUUUAAGUAAUCCUUCUAUCUGGAGAGUUUUUUCUUUCUUUCUGACUCAGAUCACAUAUAAGAACAAAUUGUUUUUGGAGACAUGAACAGUCAUUUAUGACAUUUGGCAAACAUGGUUCAAAGCAAUGAUUACAUGAUAAGAUUGCAUCUGGGCUGUCUAUCAGUUAUUUCUACUAAUUAGAAUAUCUGCUGAUGAGCUCCCUCAUGUUAGUAGAGGCACAUUUAGUUGACUCUUCACCCGUAUAGAUUGUUGAUGACAAUGGAUGCAAUCAUAGUAUAAAGCUCUCUUUCUAUUUUGUCAAACGGUUCCCUGUUGCUACACAUUUUUUUCUUCCAUUUAAGAGAUUUUAACACCUCAUAGUUUCUUCUUUUAUUUACUGCAUGCCUAGUUGGUCCAAAUGGUGUGACAAGAACAGUCAGUAGAACCAUGAUAUUUCAGUUUUCAAUCUUAGCAAAUCUGUAGGUUAACAAUAUGGUGGAAAUUUUGCCAUUGCUCUUAUUCUUAUAUGCUGCCAUUACUCCCACGCGCUGUAGCAAGUCCUAAAUCCACUAACCAUGCCUCUCAGGAAGUAUUGUUCAUUUUCAUGCCAUCUGACAAGAUAAUGAACUCGAACCAAAAGAGUGGUGUUGUUGUAUGAACAAUGAUGAACAUAGGUCAGAAACAAAAGAUGCAAUUAUGCGAAGAGCCAGAGCUUAGCUGUCCGGCCGUUGCAUAUAGACAAAACCAACAAGGGUCCCCGGCCUUUGCUCCAACAUCCAACAGCUGGACUGGAGUAUUAAGUAUCUGCCAGUGCUUGCCAACCUCUAAAGCUUUGUUGAGUACUGCUGUCAUUUUUGGUCUCUAGUAAUGUAAUUAUUAUGUUACUAGAAAACGUCACAUAGCUGUAAACAGGUAGGUAAAAGCUGGAGCAUAAGAGGUAUCCAGCUAAAACAUUUUGAAAUAAAAGGUAUCCCAUGAAACCAUGCCUAGCCAGUCAAAUCAAGUAAGGCAUUUAAAUGAUAGAUAACAUUUUUUAGAUGAGAAAGAACAAAAGAGGAAAUAAAUGAGAGCUAUAAAGAGAACGAAGGGUAGCCGUCCAUUGCCAUCCAUGGCUGCAGACUUGCAGUCCAACUCCCCUAUAUAUACUGCACCCACCGACACCAAUCUCCAUCCAUUCACUCCCAUUCCAUCUUCGCCCUCCCCUGUCCUCUCCUCUCCUCGCUUAGCUUUCUUCCUCCCUUGUAGCUCUAGUGUCCUUGUUGCGGGUAGCCAUGGCGGCCCCAAUGUUGAACCAGCCCAACAGCCUCCUUGCCAACAUGUUCGCUGCGGGUUUGCUGGACGAUCAGUUCCAGGAGCUGCAGAUGCUCCAGGAAGGGAGCGCCCCAGACUUCAUCGUCAAGGUUGUCACGCUCUUCUGCGAGGACGGCGAGCGUAUCAUCGGCGAGAUUGCCAAGCUGCUGGACAAGCCAUGUGUAGACUAUGACAAGGUGGGUGGUUUUGUGCGUCAGCUCAAGGGAAGCAGUGCAAGUAUUGGUGCUCUGAGAGUUAAGAACAGUUGCAUUCAGUUCCAUCAGUGUUGUCAGGAGAAGAGCAAAGAUGGGUGCGUGAACUCACUGGAUUCUGUGAGGAACGAUUUCUAUGAUCUGUGCAGCAUGUUCAAACUACAUGCUUCAGCCGGGCCAGCAGGUGCAGGCCUUAAUCCUAAACAGUAGACUUGAGCGAUAAAGCUGGAGCUGCAUGUUCUGAUGGUACAACACCUUUGAAGUCGUAGAACAUGCUCAACCUUGCUUAUAUAGCUUGGAGUCAUUUGCUUAUGUGGGGUCUGUAGCUGCCUAGUGGCAAGAUAAUCAUCUACUAGUAUCGAUGUCUUUGUUCUGAGUGGUCAAAUAAAAAAUUCAGUUGUGGUCGUUUUGCGGAUUAUUGGUGUCUUGGUUCUAGUCGGUUUGUAGAAAUGCAGCCGCAGUGUAAUCUUUACAAUAUUGUUUCUCGUUGAUCCGUGUAUCGACUGUGGUGGUAUAUUGUUGAGAACAUAUUUUAUCUAUCUAUUUUAUAUUAUAUUAUUAA